AUGGACUUCCGCCAGUGCGUUCACGGGCGCGUGAAAACGGGCGUGAAAGCGGACCUCGCACAUACCCAAUUCGACCGCGAGUUCCCAGCAAUGAUGGACCUUGUAGCUGACAUGGUUACUGCAACCCCGCGCGGCCCGGAAACUAGACAAUCUGCGUCGGGUCGCUUUCCCGACGGUUCCGUGCUCACCACCCUUCAUCGCGAUGGAUUUCUGCUCCAAAUAUGCAUCGAAUGGGGAGCUUGCGCUCCGGUUGCCUCCAACUCGAAGAGGCAUGACUCUGAUGAAUUUGUCAGCGUGCUAGCUGCACACGCAGGAGACUGCUUCGGCAUGCCUGCUCACGCAGAAAUGCCGCCCAAGCAAAGCUGCUUGCGCAGUAUUGCGCUUAAGCAGAGCAGCCCAAGCAUAAACACGCUCGAGCAGAGCCGCCUACGCAGGAAUGCGCUCAAGCGCAGAACCGCUUGGGCAGAGUUUUGCGCAAGCAAAGCUGCACACGCAGGAGUCCGCUUGGGCAGGCUCUCGGCCUGAACAGUAUGACGUGGAUAGAGGAAGCCACGUGCCAUUCGCUGCUGUCAGGGCUCAGCAUUUCUCAAAAACAGUGUUCACAGUGGCAGUUCUAGAUCACAUUCAUCGACUGUUCUCAAUCGAUGCAGCAGUCAGGAAACGGGCCAAGCGAGAGACACUCGAUGUAUUGCUUUGCGCU